AUGCCCGCCGUGCGCUGUACCCCACCAUCGUCGCUGGACUCCACGGACCCACCCUUGCUGCAUCCCGUAGAUACCUGUGCAAGCUGCGGACGUUCAUCAAUCGACGUCUGGAUGUCCACGACCUACAAUACUAGCACCUGCAAGAAGUGUCUGCUCGAUAAGGAACAUCUUCCACUUGACGACAUCUUGCUUUGUCCCGGUUCAAGGUUUGGCUGCAAAUAUCAGACGAGCAUCGCUCGUGAGUGCGCCGUCCAUCUCCGUACCUGCCCUCGACGCCCGACGCAAUGUCCCAACGAGUGCUCUUCUAUUGUCCCCAAUGUGCACCUGCCUAAACACCUGACGGAUGAAUGUGUGAGACGUACGCAGGAGUGCCGUUUCUGCCAUGGGAACUAUUUCGUUUCCGAGAUCGGGAAUCAUUUUAAGAACUGUGCGGAAUACCCAGUCACGUGUCGGUUCUGCAACCAAGAAAACAUUCGACGUGGCAAGUUGGACGAACAUGGCGCCGGUUGCCGUAAGACACCGAAGCUUUGCAAAAUGGCCUCUUUGGGAUGUGCAUUCGAGGCAGGCGAUGACGAAAUGCAACAUCACAUGACGCUGGAGAAGCAUGCUUUUUUCAUUCAUGAGUUAAAGAUGCAAGUGAAUAGCCUAGAGGCUGAAGUGUGUAGAUUGCGUGAAGAUCGUAACCGAGAAAAACUAGAAGAGCAAAAAGCCCAGGAAAAACUGCGGAAGGAAAAAGAGAUUCGCGAUACAGAGAUGCAGAACCUUCUGGCCCAAAUAGAAGCAUUGAAGGCACAAUUUGGUGGAACAUUAGAAUGA